AUGAAUAGACUAAGAAACCCAUUCAUACUUGCGAGAUCACUUGGAUUUCAAAAUUUAAAAGUUCUAACGGAGGAAGAAGCUAGCCAAUCAGCUUUAUUAGUUGCAUUACAUAAAAGAUUGGAACUACCAAAAGAAUUCAAAUUAUCCACAUUAGCAAGAUGUCUAACAUGUCGUUCUUCACAGAAUAAAUUAGUUGACAAUUAUGGGUUAAACAUUUUAGGUAAAAACUUGUUAAGUUAUUAUGUUAGUGAACAUUUAUUAGUUCAAUAUCCAAGAUUACCAACUGUUAUUUUAAAUACAGCUAUCAACUCUUAUAUAUCUGCUGAAUCAUUAGCAUCUAUUGGGGAACAUGCUUGGGGUAUUGAAGUGGAUUCUACUUCAUCUCUACAAAAAUAUCUUAGUGAGGAACCUAUUGAAUAUAGUUAUGGUAAACUUAGAUUUGUUCCAGUCAAUUCACAAUCAGAAAAAGGUGUUACAAAAUUAUCAGGUGGUAAGCAUGAAUAUGAAACUAAAACUGCAUAUGGUUUAGCAACUAGAUCAAUUAUCGGUGCAUUAUAUGCAUCAACAAAAUCUGAACAAGCUACCAAGAAAUUUAUUAAUGAUCAUAUUUUGUCAAGAAAAUUAGAUGUUUCAAAAAUGUUUGAAUUUGAACAACCAACUAGAGAAUUAUCAAGAUUAUGUAAAAGAGAAGGAUUUGAAGUUCCAAUUGCAAGAUUAUUAGCAGAAAAUGGUAGAACAACUAAAAAUCCAGUUUUCGUUGUUGGUGUUUUCAGUGGUAAAAAUAAAUUAGGUGAAAGUUUUGGUUCUUCUUUGAAAGAAGCUAAGAUUAGAGCUUCUGUUAAUGCUUUGAAAAAUUGGUAUUUGUAUAAACCAUUAGAUCCAAAAGUGCCGAGUGAUGAGUCUUAUAAACCAGGAUUAGUUGAUCAUGGUGCAGUUAUUGUUUGA